AAAAAAGGAAACCACCAGAAAGAGCAGAACCAUGGCGCGACACGCCAGCGGGAGGAGAAAGCAGUCGGUGCAGGACAAACAGGCCGCACAAAAGCCUCAUGAGAACAAUCCCAAGAGCAUGGUGAUUCGGAUAGGCGCUGGGGAGGUUGGUUCGAGCGUAUCACAGCUAGUCCAAGACAUGCGCCAGGUGAUGCAGCCCGAAACGGCUUUGAAGCUCAAGGAGCGACGAGCCAACAAACUCCGCGACUACACCGUCAUGGCCGGUCCCCUAGGCGUAACCCACCUCCUCCUCUUCUCGCGCUCCGAAGCAGGCAACACGAACCUGCGUCUCGCCAAAAUCCCCCACGGUCCCACCCUCCACUUCCGCGUCGACAAGUACUCGCUAGCAAAGGACAUCUUCAAGUCAAUGAAGCACCCACGCACAGGCACCACGAGCGACUACGACAUGGCCCCGCUCCUCGUCAUGAACAACUUCCUAACCUCGGACGCCGAGCGCGAGAAGCUAGGCGACAAGGCGCCGCCGAAACAUCUCGAGAAGCUCGUCACGGACAUGUUCCAGGGACUGUUCCCGCCGAUCCAACCACACACCACGCCGUUGCACGCCAUCAAGCGCGUGCUACUGCUCAACCGUGAGCCGCCGUCCGAGGAGAACGGCUCGUGCACAAUCACGCUGCGACACUACGCCAUCACGACGAAAAUCGCGGGGCUCUCGAAACCGAUCCGCAGGCUGUACGCGGCGGAGAAGCUCAUCGGCAGCCGCGAGAAGAAGAAGCGCAGCGGCGGGCUGCCGAAUCUCGGCGCCCUCGACGAUGUCGCGGAUUACAUGCUCGACCCUUCGGCGGCGGGAUACACAUCCGCCAGCGACACGGAGCUCGACACCGAUGCCGAAGUCGAGGUCGCGGCGUCCGUCACGCGCAGAGUGCUGUCGAAGCGCGAGCGCGAACAACGCGCCAAAGCCGCGGCAGGCGACGGCGACGAUGCGCGCAAAGUGCCGCAUGCCGCGCGGCCCAAGGUCGAGAAGCGCGCUGUGAAGCUUGUUGAGUUGGGCCCGCGCUUGAAGUUGAGGCUUACCAAGGUAGAGGAGGAUGUCUGCAGUGGGAAAGUCAUGUGGCACGAAUAUGUGACCAAGAGCGAUGCUGAGAUUAAGAAGAUGGAUGCUGUGUGGCAGAAACGGAACGCUGAGAAGGCGGAGCGGAGGAGGAUCCAGCGGGAGAAUAUCGAGCGGAAGCGAAAGGAGAGGGGUGGCGGUGCCAAGGGAGAAGAAGGGGAGGAAGAAGAAGACGAUGAUGAAGAUAUGGCGGACUACGACGAAUAUGAUAUGGACGAUGAUGUGUGGCAUGACGAGAAUGGCGAGGGAGAAGACGAGGAAGACGAAGAGAUGGAGUAG